CGGUAAACAUAUCGGCGCCCGCAAUGUAUGUCCACCGGUAUACACCGGUUGGUGGUGGCGGCCACACCGGCACGUCACUCUUCCCGCCUGACAGGUGUCCUGAUACGCACUGACCUAAAUCGUGGCUUAGUCACUAACUUGGUGACGUGGCAAUUAAACCCUCCGAGGUUAAGGGGUGCUUUUAUACAAUCUCCUCCAUAGCCAGAAAUUCGUGGAAGCGGAAGAAGAAGAGGAAGAGAAGGCGGCGAGAGAGCGAUUUUGUGGCGGCGCUCGAGGAAUGAUCUGUGGCGGCGACUGACAAUACACUCCCAAUUCCUUCCCUGGCAUCUCCAGAUCCCUUUCAUGCUUCCUAUCUGAGAUCUUGGCAGGCAUUCUACCGCCCGCGGCGUCGACGACGAGUUUUAGGUCUGUAUGCUUGCCAUGGCAUUCUUCCAUCCUUGCAUUUGGUGUGAGAAUCUGUGACCCAGCCAAGAGAGAGAUUUCUCUCUUUUUCCUCCUCCCUUCCUAAUUCGCAGCCUCCGUAUUGAAAAUCCUUGUAGCUCUGUUGACCUCUAGGCUCUCUUUCCUGUCCCUGGAUGCAUCAAAGCUCCUCCAUCCCUUUUUUUUCCCUUGCUCGUCUUUGAUUAGUCUAGUAGCCCCUGCGUAGCCUCCCAUCAGAGGAGCUUCUUUUCUCCGCUUUCCUCUGGACUCCAUCCCUUGUGCUUAGCUCCGUUUCUUAGAUCCUGCAAAGAAAAAAGGAAAGCACCCGACUUCUCACUGAUCUCUCGCACAUAUAUACCUCAUCUUCAUUUGCUUGCGCUUCUUGCUGCAUUGCCUUGUACAAGUCACAAGCUUACAAGUUGGUAGAGUGCCUGCUUAUAUCCCAGGCCAGGAUCUCCUCGUUUCUUCUACUAAAAUCCAUAGUUCUUCAAGGCUCGUCUUCUUUUCUCUCCAUACUUCUCAAGCAGCUCUUCUUUGCUUCCAUUUCUCGCAAGCCUUCCUUCUUUCCCCUUCCCUUAGAAGAUCUUCUUCUUUGCUUCGCAAGUAAGCCAGUCGCCACAGAAGAACCAAACUUAGAUCAUCAGCCAACGUACAAAUCCAGUUGGCAGCGUAGUGUAUGGCAAGAAAUUCCGCGAGCAUGGCAACAGCUACCGCCGAGUUACCCAUCGCAGCUAGAUUCGACCGAGAGUUUGCGUUCGACGGGGACCUCGCGAGAACGUUGGAGCACUUUGACAAUGUGGAAGCUCUAGCACGAUUGGAGCUUCCGGACAGCUCCGACUCGUCGUCAAGUUCCUCGUCCUACGAAGAAGAAGGAGCCGGCUAUGUUGCUGAGGGGUUCCACGGUUACCAACAACAACAGCCGUCGCCGCCACUCUAUCACCACCAUCAUCAUCAGCUUAAUGUUGGAGCUAGCUCCUCGAGCAGUGGCGACGUGUUCGACACCUCCACUGGGGGAUCCACGACACCGUCUCCCUCGAGAGCUCAAGCCGGAAACGUUGGAAUCGCGGGUGGGGCUGGCGUCUGGCCCGUCCCACACCAGCAGGUUCCUCUUCCGGCGGCCGCUUGCGAUCAUUUCGUUGGAGCGAGCGGGCCAACAAUGGUCUUGUCACCGACGUCCACGUCUGGAGCACCGGAGGUUCCGCCUUGGUAUCCCGAGAGCAUCGCUCGAGCUCCACUUUUCAUGACGCAAGCGAUCCAUGAGGAAGCAGCGUCACAGCUCGAGCAGAUUCGAGCUUGGGAACAACAACAGAUGCUACUCAUGCAUCAAAGACAGAAUCACGUCUUAUUUCAUCAACAGCAGACACAUCAACAGCAGCAGCAGCAACAACAACAGCACCACCACCAAGCAGCUGAUCGGAAAAACUCCCAGCUACUAAACCAUCAGCAACAGCAGCAGCAGCAGCUUAGAUACUGGAGUGAGACUUUGAACCUGAGCCCGAGGGGCCAGUCCAUGAAGCACGUAAGCAAGGAUCGCAGGCUUGGAGUCGGGCCCUCGAAGCUGUAUAGAGGAGUGAGGCAGCGGCACUGGGGCAAGUGGGUGGCGGAGAUCCGCCUGCCGAGGAACCGAACCAGGCUCUGGCUAGGAACGUUUGACACGGCCGAAGACGCAGCCUACGCGUAUGACCAGGCAGCUUACAAGUUGAGAGGCGAGUAUGCACGCCUCAACUUUCCACAGAUUCAACAUAUAUAUCGUGCACAGCAGCAAGAAGCAAGUAAGUCCGGGUGGAGUGGACAAGAUCAAGGAGGAGGAGGAGGAGGAGGAGGAAGUAGUACGACGUUUCAAUCGACUCUAGAAGCGAAACUACAGGCGAUUUCUCAGCAGACUGCAUCGAAGCUGGAUGCAUCCAAACCAACGACAGCAGCGGCUAAAGUUAAGGCUCAGAAGGACGUAGCGGAGGAGGACCUCGUGGAAGCGAUUCCAGUCAACAAGGAGGUGCUAGCUACAGCAACAUCACCAAGAACAGCGACGGCAAGAACAGGAGCCGGCUACGCAAGCGCUCCUUGCGUCUCCCCAACGAGUACUACUACUGGCGAUGGCGACAGCUGCUAUCACCGUGCGAUGGCUACCCCCGAUAAUUUUUCAACAACCACCACUACCACCGACGCAGGCUCUCUCCUCGAGCUCGCGGGCUCUAGAGGAGAAAAAGCUCUCGCGUCUGUGGUGUGUAGCGAAGAAUUAUUAUCGCCGGGGGCCGGAUCACUGGUGAAUAGCUCCGUCGCCGCCACCGCCAGUGGUGGCAACGUGUGGGCGGACAUUGAUAAUCUGCUCACGAACGCUCCAAACAUCGAGCUUGAGGAUCUCUCCUGGGAUGUUCAUCGUCCUCCGCCGUCCCUUCUGAGCAACGAACAGCUGCUGCUGCUCUUGGCUGCCGAGAAGAGCCACUCUAGCAAAGUCACUACUACUACUACUACUACUACUACUACCAGUACGACGACGCACAGUACUACUAGACCGGGGCUGUGGAAAGCCAGCAACUACGACCAUAAAUGUAUGUACAUACAGUUCUAUCCAGACGCUUAUAAAAAGUGUCAAGACAUGAUCAGGAACAAGUUCCUCUCCGAGGCUGAGAGCUGCGAAAAGAGACCCCCGGCUUUACUGCUACCACCCAAAGCCAAACUUCUUUCACUUUUUCGUCCUCGUUACUUAUUGGUAAGAGAGCUCCCUGAAUCCUCUCCUGGAACAAAACUGCGGAUAAGCUCGAGCUUUCCUGCGUGCGCUGUAAAUCGUCAAGCACCAGCUGGAUCGACACACACAGUAGCUCGUCGGGCAAAAGAGCACGAAAAACUUAGUAAAAAAAAGAAAACUUUGGGAGACAAGCUUGCAACUUACACUGUUCAUGUAGACACUUACAAGUUGUUAUGGCUCCAUGCCUUGUGCUUUGAAAUACAGCGCUGCGACUGCGAGGCCCAGGCCGUGCUCUUGAGCGAAGCAUUUGGUGCUAAAGUUGCUCCGGAUGACGGGCGCGAGUGCCAUCAUGGGCCUGCUUUGCUUGAAUAAACAAAACGUGUACCUGUGCGUGCCUGCUGGUGGCUUUGGUCUCUCAUAUGGCAGCACCCCUU